AUGUCGGACUCCCCAAAAUCUGGCUUCAAGGUCAUCAUCGCCGGCGGCAGUGUGUCCGGGCUCACAUUGGCUAAUGCUCUAGAAAGGGCGGGCAUCGACUUUGUGCUGCUCGAGAAGCGGGACAUUGCCACCGACGUGGGACAAUCUCUCUUCGUGUUGCCUUGCACCAGUCUUGUGCACGAACAACUUGGUGUCGGGAAAGCUACCAGGGAGGUCGGGUUCCCGAUACUGCUAAGGGAGCAUUGGGACGGCACGGGAAGCUUGUUUUGCUCAUCGGAUGAGCUUCUUCAGCUCUACCAAAGGGCCAAGCGCCCGGCACUCUUCGUUGAUCGCCACACAUUCUUCACUUCGCUAUAUGACGGCCUUGAGGACAAAUCCGAGGCAAGAAUUCGAACGCGGGAAGGCGUUGCCUCGUUCACGGAGAGCGACCACGGCGUGACUGUAAUAACUGACAAGGGCAAUGUCAUCGAGGGCAGCAUCCUCGUCGGCGCCGACGGCGUGCAUAGCGGCGUCCGGACGCACAUGGCUGAGCUUCUCCAGGAUAAGAACCCAUCCGCAUCCAAGGCCCUCGCCAGGGGGUUUAAGGCCAGAUACUACGUCCUCGCGGGUACGUCUUACAACCACUUCCCCGGCAAUCCGGAAGUUGCCUUCCUGGCAGAUGGGAAGGGUAGCAAUGUGUACGACGAAAAGGAGCAAGUCGGCGGACUUACGGUGGCGGGCGUUCCGGGGAAGGUUUUCUGGUUUAUAUACGUGCCCAUGGAGACGCCUUCGGAAUAUCCCUGCAGGAAAUUCACUCAGACGGAUAUAGAUGCCGUCAUGACCAAGUAUGGCCACCUGCGGGCCACGGGCAAUUGUACUUUCAAAGACAUGUUCGCCAACCUUGAUAAAUGUGUUAUGGUUCCGAUGGAAGAAGGAAUCAUAAAAACAUCAUGGAACUCGGGAGGUCGAACGGUUCUAGUCGGCGAUUCCGUGCACAAGGCAACCUCCAACCUCGGAAUGGGGGGCAACCUCUGCGUCGACGACAUCUGCGGCCUCGUGAACGGCCUCGUGCCCCUCCUCGAACGCAACCCCUCACCAAGCACGAAGGAGCUCGUCCAGGUAUUCGACCAGUACGAGAAGCAGGCGCGGCCGCGCGCGCACUUCGUGCGCAUAUCGUCGAGCAUCUUUGCUGAUUUCGAGUGUAUGAGUGGGUGGUGGACGAAGAUGAUGAAGCGGGUAUUCCCCUGGAUUCCGGCCAGUGUCAAGAUGCGCGUGUUUUCGUGGUUUGAUGGGAGUGCGCCUAAGUUGAACUUUUUGCCUGUGAAGACGGGGGAGGACGUUGCGAAGUAUAGGGAUUAA